AUGUCUCCCCUUAAACUUCCACUCUUAGUGGUGGUGGUGCUACACCUUCUAGGUGGUGCAGUUUUCACCACCACCACCACCACCACCAUCUAUGCUGCUUCUACUAAACCUAGCCCUUGUUUUCAACUCCUCAAUGUCAGAGCAGCCAUCGCUGGCACAAAAAUCCGGCCGGCAAAAACUACAUCUUAUCAAGAAUCUUCAGAAAUCAGCGGCAAAUCCGAGAAGAAAUGGAAGCUAGAGUUAGUCCAUAGAGACGUACUACUCUCUUCAAGCAACUUCUCCGAUCACCGCCGUCGUCUGGAAGAACGUUUGAAGAGAGAUGCAGUAAGGGUUGCUAGUCUUACUCGCCGGCUUUCCGCCGCUCAUGGUGGUGGUGCUAGUUAUGAGGUGGAGGAUUUCGGGUCGGAUGUUGUUUCGGGUAUGGAUCAAGGGAGUGGUGAAUAUUUUGUACGGAUAGGUGUUGGAAGUCCUCCUACGGACCAAUACAUGGUGAUUGAUUCGGGGAGUGAUAUAGUAUGGGUUCAAUGUCAACCUUGUAAUCAAUGUUACCAUCAGGCCGACCCGGUGUUUGACCCGGCUGAAUCCGCUUCGUUCUUAGGCGUCGCUUGCAGCUCCAGCGUCUGCGACCACCUCGAGAACGCCGGCUGCCAUGCCGGGCACUGCCGGUAUGAAGUCUCAUAUGGUGAUGGAUCUUACACUAAGGGGACCCUUGCUCUUGAAACACUGACUUUUGGAAGCACUGAGGUCCGAAAUGUUGCCAUCGGGUGUGGGCACAUGAAUCGGGGCAUGUUCGUAGGGGCUGCGGGUCUAUUGGGUCUCGGUUGUGGUUCGAUGUCGCUUGUCGGACAGCUUGGUGGUCAGACCGGCGGUGCUUUCGGUUACUGUUUAGUUAGCCGUGGAAUGGGAUCAUAUGGAUCCGGGUCAUUGGAGUUCGGACGUGGAGCCAUGCCCGUGGGUGCUGCAUGGGUCCCAUUACAACGAAACCCACGGGCCCCAAGCCUUUACUAUGUGGGCCUUUCGGGUCUAGGUGUAGGCGGUAUUCGGGUUCCAAUCUCCGAAGAUGUUUUACGGCUAUCAGCAUUAGGUGAUGGAGGUGUUGUGAUGGACACCGGCACAGCUGUGACCAGGUUUCCAACACCGGCAUAUAUGGCCUUACGUGACUCCUUCAUAUCAGCCACGUCAGGUCUGCCCCGGGCCUCCCGUGUAUCGAUUUUUGACACGUGUUACGAUCUUUCUGGGUUUGCGACCGUCCGGGUUCCAACCGUGUCAUUUUACUUCUCCGGCAGUGGCGGUGGCGGCGGUGGACCGAUACUAACACUUCCGGCAAUGAAUUUUCUGAUACCGGUGGAUGAAGCUGGUACAUUCUGUUUUGCUUUUGCACCUUCUUCUACUAGCCUUUCUAUAAUAGGGAACAUUCAGCAGGAGGGGAUCCAAAUAUCCUUUGAUGGAUCAAAUGGGUUUGUGGGAUUUGGGCCCAACACUUGCUAAUAAAGCUAUAUAUUAUCUUGUAAAGUUUCAAUUGUUAGUGAAUUUUGGGAAUCUAAUUG